CUCCAGAUGGAGCUACCGCCAUGGGCGUCCUUGCUCUUGCUCACCGGCGUCACACUUGCCACCAUCCUCUUUCUUGCAGCAACACUGUCGAGGCGCGGCGGCCGCCGUGCGUCGUACAACCUCCCGCCAGGGCCUAGGCCAUGGCCGAUCAUCGGCAACCUCCACCUCGUCGGCGCGCUCCCACACCGCUCCAUCCACGCGCUCUCGGAGCGGUACGGGCCCCUGAUGCACCUCAGGUUCGGGUCCCAGCACGUCGUCGUCGGGUCGUCCGCCGAGCUGGCCAGGUUCUUCCUCAAGACCCACGACGCCGUGUUCGCCGACCGGCCCAGGACCGCCGCCGGGAAGUACACCACCUACAACUACAGCGACAUGACGUGGUCUCCCUACGGCGCGUACUGGCGCCAGGCGCGCAAGAUCUGCCUCACGGAGCUCUUCAGCGCCAGGCGGAUCGACUCGUACGAGCACAUCCGCUCCGACGAGACGCGCGCGCUGCUCCGCGGCCUGAACGCGGCGGCGGCGUCCGGGCGGCGCGCGGUGAGGCUCAAGGAGCACCUGUCGACGGCGAGCCUGAACCUGAUCUCCCGGAUGGUGCUGGGCAGGAAGUACCUGGAGGGCGGCGAGGUGGUCCACAGGGGGGAAGUGGUGACCACGCCGGAGCAGUUCAGGUGGAUGAUCGACGAGCUCUUCUUGCUCAACGGCGUGCUCAACAUCGGCGACUCCAUCCCGUGGCUGAACUUUCUGGACCUGCAAGGGUACAUUCGGCGGAUGAAGAAGCUAAGCAAGAUGUUCGAUCGGUUCCUGGAACAUGUGUUGGACGAGCAUGAAACCCGGCGGCAUCACGAGGGGGAGGCGUUCGUGGCGAGGGACUUGGUCGACGUGCUGCUGAAGGUCGCCGAUGAUCCUUGCCUGCAGGUCGAGUUCACCCGGGACAGCGUCAAGGCAUUCACUCAGGACCUUAUUGCGGGAGGCACCGAGAGCUCAGCAAUGACCAUAGAGUGGGCCAUCUCAGAGCUCCUCAAGAAGCCAGAGGUGUUCAAUAAGGCCACAGAAGAGCUAGACCGUGUCAUCGGACGUGGUCGUUGGGUCACUGAGAAGGACAUUCCGAGCCUUCUCUACAUCGACGCUAUUCUAAAAGAGACCAUGCGCAUGCAUCCUGUUGCACCCAUGCUUACACCUCGAAUGUCCCGCAUGGACACAUCCUACAAUGGCUAUGACAUCCCUGCUGGCUCACGUGUUCUUGUUAGCACGUGGUCCAUCGGUCGUGACCCAAAGUUGUGGGACUCACCAGAGGAGUUCAUGCCAGAGAGAUUCGUUGAUAGUAAGAUUGACAUAAAGGGGCAAGACUUUAAGUUGUUGCCAUUUGGAUCUGGUCGACGAAUGUGUCCUGGCUACAGUCUUGGAUUGAAAGUGAUUCAGGUGAGCCUUGCCAACCUGCUGCAUGGAUUCUCGUGGAGGCUACCUGAUGGCAUGACAAGGGAACAACUAAGCAUGGAGGAAAUAUUUGGUUUGUCGAUGCCACGCAAGUUCCCGCUUGAGGUUGUCGUCGAACCCAAGCUUCCUGUCCACCUCUAUACAGAUGCUUGAUACCUUUGACGAGUAUGUAUGCAUUGUGUGCCCCUUUUUAGUACUGUAGGUGUUGCUUCCGUUGUGGUCCAAUAAGCUUAAUGUGUAGGUGGCGCUACUUAUGCAUCAUGUGAUGCCUUUUUAGAGUUGAGUCAAUAAUAUGCUUGAUAUAAGUUGUUAUGAAUUCUUAGCAUGUGAUACACAAGAUAUAUUAACUAGUACCGGUGUAUACCUUUUUUAGGAUGAGGGAAAACCCCAUAUCAGAUAAUUUUUAUUGUUCAUUGUAAUUUUGCUCUUAUCUAA